AUAUUCGUACUCACUUUACGUGGAUUAACAAGAGCACUUAAACUAAAAAAGGUGACCUUUCAACUUGGCUAACUCAUGCGACGCUUCUUUGUUGCAGCUUUUCCACAACCACAGCAGCAUCAGCAACGAGGUGGGGAUGACCACUCGGGCAAAAGGGCCUUGAUGGUUCACAGCUGUUUCAUACAGAGUAAGGAUCGCAGUCGGGCUGAAGAAGAGACGAUGGCUCCAUACCUGUGCAUCGUCUCAUUUCUUCUCUUGCUUUCUUGUAGCUCGGCACUGGCUAAAAACUACGAUGUAUCGGCAGUUUUUGUUUUCGGGGACUCUUUAGUGGAUUCAGGGAACAACAACAACCUCCAAUCGUUGGCCAAGGCCAAUUUUCUACCUUACGGCAAAGACUUCGACACGCACAAGCCAACAGGUCGAUUUGCAAAUGGAAGGCUGGUCCCAGACUUCAUUGCAUCAUUCCUUGGUCUUCCGUUCCCGGAGACGUAUCUCUCGGCGGGAGACAACAUCGACCACGGGCUGAAUUUUGCAUCAUCUGGAGCGGGCCUGCUUCCAGCCUCUGGGAAUGUGUUUGGAGAACACAUUCCGCUUCCAAAGCAGGUUGCGAGCUUCAAGGAAGUCCAUGCAAGGCUUGUGAAGAAACUCGGCCCGGAAUCGGCCUCCCGCAUGGUCUCCAAAGCCAUUUACUACAUCACAAUUGGCAGCAACGAUCUGGUUAACAAUUACUACCUCCUCCCCGGGGCUCCGCUGAGAACGCAAUCGCCUCAAGAGUUCCAAGACUCCCUCAUUGUAGUUUUCAGGGAGCAAAUCAAGACAUUAUAUGGUGAAGGAGCGAGGAGAUUUGUGAUUGCAUCACUCACGGCACUCGGCUGUAGUCCCAUCAAUCUUCUCAAAUACCUCAUCAAGAAGCCAGGCGAGUGUGCUGCGGAGCCAAACGAUGCAGCAAAGUUGUACAACAAGGCCGUGGAAUCCAUGCUGAGCGAGCUGAGAGAAAGCUUGCCAGGAAUCAAGCUCCUCCACGGCAAUUGCUACGACAUGGUCUACAAGGCGGCCUUGAAUCCGCUUGCAAAUGGAUUCGACGAAGGUGACAAGGCAUGCUGCAGUGGAAUCGGCAAGAACGGGGCCAUUGUUUUCUGCCUCCCAGACGUUCCCUCGUGCAAAGACCCGUCGAGGUAUGUCUACUGGGACGAGUUCCACCCCAGCAGCAGAAUCUACGAGAUCCUGGCUCGAAACUUUUGGAGCGGUGGCAAGGACGAGAUUUAUCCCAUGAACAUCCAGCAAAUCCUUUGAGGCUGCGACGUUGUUCCAGCGAUAUUGUUCCAGCGAUUCAAGGCAAAAAAAUAAGAUCAAGGAAUAAAUGUUUCCACGGCCAGAUCCAUCCACCAGA